GCAAAACACCUUCAAAGGACACGGGUAGUCGAACUGAAUGGUAUAUUCGUGCGGCAAUAUUGGUGUCUGGAAUUAUCAUUGGAAUCCUCUUUUCCUGCAUUUUCUCAUGCUCUCGUCGUUGGUACAGAAACAGAAAAUCCGAACGAAACCCUGAAUCACAAACAACUGAAAUUGAUACAACUUAUCUAGAUCUUACAGAAUUGAAUACAGAAAAUAAGUAUCAAUCGUUGGGAGACAGAAAACCUAAGUCAAACCCUGAACAACCAGAAACUGAGGCUGAUGAUGUUGAUUCAACUUAUCAAAAGUUAGAUUUUUCAAAAAUGGAUACAGAGGAUAAUUAUCAAGCAUUGCGAGUGAACGCUGCAACUAAUGACGUUCCAACUGACGAUGAAGCUUCUUACACGGAGUUGAGCGAAACCAGUGAUGCCGAGGGCAACUAUCUAUCUACCAAUGCCUAA